GCGCCAUAAGCCUAUAUGAUCGCCGCGCAGGCGUGUGUUGUGUAUUCAUCGUGCGCUCUGUAUAACAUAACCUAAUUUAUUCUGAAAACUAAACAUCUUGUGGAGAAAAGGGAGAAAAGCCAUGGUGUCCUGCGUCGCGAUUCUACGAUGAAUUUAACAUUGAUUUGCCUGAAAAUGUAAAUGUAAUUGGACAAUGCCUUUCAGUUAGAGCAUUAUCAUUAAGUCGUUAAAAAUGCUGCACAAUACGGCGGCUCUGUCGCCUCAGGACGUUUUGACCGAGGUUAGAAAAUUUAUCUCCGGCGCCAAUCGGCCUUCUCACAGCGUUAACACACAAGAUGUGACGCGCACGGCAUUGACUUUGCUGAGAAACGUACCCGCGGCGAGGGACGCCGUACUCGAGUAUUUUUGUAAUGUAUUUUUUGUCGCGGUGACGAAAUACGUUCGCCAGCUUGAGACGAAUCAGAGUAUACCAAUACCUGAAGAGAACAUUAUAGUUGAGAUUCACACCAUUCUAAGCAGCUUUAUCAAUGGAAAUCCAGAAGCCUGGGCCCCUAUCAUAUCAGCAUGGUCCUUGGACUUACUUGGCAAGUUGUCGUCUGACUAUUCAAAGCGUGGCAAUCUGCCUGUCAAUGCUGGCAUCAAUGAUUUUAUGCAGCUGUGGAUGUCAUGCCGCGCGACGAGGACUUUAAUAGACAUCACAGCUCAAUGUCUGCAGUGUCUUAUGCAUUCCGAUACAGAAUCUUGUAUCAAGGCUUUGUUAGACACCAGCGUGUUGCAUAGUCCAUACUUUGAUUGGGUAGUUGCUCACGUAGGGAGCUGCUUUCCAAACACUGUGAUAACGAGGGUGCUAUCAUGCGGAUUGAAAGACUUCUGCGCCAUGGGCUAUAAACAUAAUGUUAAGAACCCAAAAUUAAAUUCUGUCGUCGGCAUACUAGGACAUUUAGCUGGUAGCCAUUUCAAGGACAUCAGAAAAGCGCUGCUAGACUUAUUUGAGUGGAGUUUGGAAGAAGACAUAAAUCUAGAUGAAGAUAUCAAAAAGCAGAAAUUGGCCACAGUACCAUUUCUUCUGAAUUUGGCCUCGCUUUCACAAACUCUUUUAAAGGCGAUAACUAGCGAUGUGUUACAAAUAUUGAGGCCAGACAUCAUACCUCGGCUAGCGUUGUUUGCAGCAGACUGGUGUAAAUACUUCGAUAAUCAACCGGCGGCGUUAAUGGACUUGACAGUACACCUGAUGCUGGGAUGUGAGCAAGGCGCAUCGCAAAUAAUCAAUUUAUUGCUGGAUACGAGUCUAAACACGAGCAAUGUCGGCUAUCAUAGCGUCAACGCGGCGCAAAAUGUGAAAAAUGUCUGUCGGGAAAUCUUGGAAUUGAUUCUACAAGAGCUUGAUCUUUUAUUGAGAACACACGGACCGCAGCCUACCAGUAUCUUUUUGCUGAGUUCUAUUAAACAGGAAAUAUCGUUGAUUGUGCCGAUGCUGCUGAAUCCUAAUCCACUGCGUGUACAAACAGCCGUCAGACUGUUGUGUUUUCUCAGGAGUAAAAAUCCAAAUAUAGUCAUCUCUACAGCGUCUUACAUGCUGAUGAAGGCGCAAACGAUGUUCCACCUCGCGGCCUUAAUACGUCUUAUCACCAAUAACGUUGUACAGUUUCCCACGAAUAAAUCAGGAAUCGAAAAUGUCCUUGCCUCUCCUGAUUACUUCACACAGGUUUUGGAGCAGGCACUUCGAGAAAUACACUAUAAAAAUGCCAUAGAUAAAGAGGAAUCAAAACAGUUAUUUAAGAAUCUCAUUAUAAUGAUGAAAUGGGAAAAAUCAAAUAAAGUAACGAUAUUGCAAUCAGAGAUGAUCAGCAGAGCCCUCAGAGCCAAUUUAUAUCAAAUAUCUUGUUUGUUGAUGAGAAGCGACGAUUUUGAUUUGGCGAAUGAUAUCGUUACUCUCUUGGAUCUGUUAAGCACAUCCGAAAAAGAUCACAAUCUUGAUGUGGAACUUAUGCUGAAAUUAACGAGAGCGAUCAUACAGUAUUUCUUUUCAUGCAUUGCUCAAACUGAUAUUAUGAAAAAGCAACAAGGAAUAAAAAUGGUAUGUCAUUUACUGAAGGAUCUGACAUCCAUUGGAGGUUGUUCUACAUCCGCGCGAGUACUGGCGCUCAGAGAGAUACUAGGAAACUGCAUCAACAAUGAGCAGGCAAAAUACUUUGGCGCAAAGGAAAAAUUUAAGCCUUAUUUCGAAGAAAUGUUACUGUUACAUCAGAAUCAUAGACAGGUGACGAGCACCAUGUUAGCACAGCGACAUUCAUCGGUAUUUCAUGCUGGUGUAAUAGGACAAGGUCCGCGAAGACUUCCGCCGGAAAAUUUAAUCAAUAAGGAAGUCGUUGCUUUAAACAAUAUGUUAUUAAUUGAUGUUAUAAAGGCUUGUUGCAGUAAUCAGGGAUCAGAUAGAUAUCCAAUUAACUUGGAUGCUCUGACAAUGGUCAGUUUGUUAUUAGUUGAACUAGUAUCACCUGAUGUUAUGUACAAUGGUCUACCAUGGCCUGAUGAAGAAUUUACAAAGGUCACAAUAGAAAGAGAUUUACAAAUCCGCCGGAAGUUUAAGGAUGUACCUCUGUUGUGGACGUUGUUAGAAUUGACCGCCUGGUACAGGCCAGCAUUAGCGUAUUGUUCUGUUUUAUUGAGAGGUAUCACAGCAACUGUCAUGGCUAAUUGGAAUACAGAGGAAGGUGUUUUGCUCGUCAACAUAAUGGCACUCGGUCAAUUAUUACCACCGCCGCUGGCGAGUAUUAGGGAUAUCCUACCCGUUUUACAGCCUCAUCAGAUAAAUACAAUAAUGAGGGAAUGCCUGUGGGCGUACAUGCGCGAAAAUGUGCCAUCUCCAGCACUAUUUACGCGAAAUGAGGGCGCCAAUAUAGCCUGGAGAGACAUUGAUAUGUCAUCGCCCAACGCACGUUUUACAGAUACUCUCCGUUUAGUGCUAUUGGCAAAUAUUCAUACUUUAGGAUCUUUAUAUUCAACAUUAUUUUAUAAUGAAAAUAAGUAAUAUAAAAUGCAAUAUAUUUUUGGGACAAUACUUAAAUUAUUUUUAAUUGUAUACGUUUUGUAAAUACUAUCAAUUGCACUUAACAGUAAUAAUAAUAAUAAUAAUAAUUGAUAAAUAACAUGGAA